AUUAAUGAGAAGAAAUACUUUUACAAUCACUUACGAUUCUGUUGUUGACUUAUUCAACAAUUUUUUUUCAUCAUAUAUUUAUAGACAUGGAUGAAAAAAAAGAUGACGGGCGAGCUGCCUUAACCAUAGAUGAUUUAUACGGUCAAAUACGAAAGUCAAGUAUAUUGUGGAACGAAAAGCAGACGUUACGUUAUAUUACGUCUCGCUCGACGGAUGAAAAUUUACGUGUCAUACGAACGUUAAGUUUGGAUAUAAAAAAUAUUUGUAAAUCCUUUUGCACACCGAUCGAGGGAAAUUCUUCGAAUGAGGCCGAAUUACAAAUUAACGCAUUCAAGUAUUUGAUUUGCAACACAACUUUUGCUUCGAUGUCAUCGUUAGCUGAGAACGCGACUAUUUAUUAUAUAUCUGACAAACAACCGCCCCUCUCUCCCUACCUAUUUAUAGAAAUUUUAUGGAAUAUUGGAUUUGAGAAUAUUCUAGGAGAAUCUAUUUUGUACUUUCCUUUGGUCUUGUGCAUUGAUAUUCUUGAAAUUUUACCAAGAUGUAUGGGUUCAUUGAAUUUUCUGCGAGCAUCCGACUUCCUAACGUCAUGUAUUUUUAACACUUACAAAAAAUUUAUCCUUACGAGAGACAUUGGAGAUGUUAGUAAAAAUGUUAUUGAAAAUUGUAAGCAGCUGAGCGGACUCUUACAAGAACUUAUUUUGUACUUCACCAGUGAAAGGUUAUUUUUUUUACUUUAUUAUUUGCCAUUAAAAUCUCAUUUUAGGUUUCUUGAGCCUGAAAACGAUGCGGAAGCUAAUCGAUACAAAAUAUAUGGUAUCUUUAUGAAAAAAAUGUUUAAAAUGGUAAAGAGGUGCUUGCUGGCUAAAUUUGAAAGUAUCGAACAUGAGGGGGAAAUAAUGGACAGGUACAAUCUAAUAUCCGUAGAUGGAAUAUAUUCUGAGAAACUUGAUAAUAUAGUAUUUCAAGAGAUACUUGAAGAAAUUGAUCGUGAACUGAUAACGAUAUUGUUCAAUAAAGGGAUAGAAAUUACCAGCGAUAUGCUGAUGGACUGGGUAGAGUACAACGACGAAGAACAGACAUCUUUGACCUUGCAACGUGCCAUUGGCUUAGAAUCGGAUAGUUUUAUAAAUGAUCUGAAGGAUUACGAUUACUCAAAUAUUGCAAAGUUUGCUGAAUUAAUAAAAUUCUGUAAUCUGUUGUCUUUCAAACCAGAACCAACGAAUAAUCGGAAGGCAGAAAAUUUAUUGGAUGGCGCUUGUGAAGGAAACGUAGACGACAUGAUUAGUCUAUUUGCCAAUUGUAAGGAAUUUGACAUUUCUUUAUUGAGUAAAGAGAUUUGCGAAAACCUUAUCGAGCAAUUUGCCAAAAAACUUAGUUGUAAGCAGGAGCAGUGGGAUUUAGAGGGAAAGCUUUUGACAAGCUUUGCCAGAUUUGUGAAGCUCAUGUCUUGUUUAAACAUUAGUCUAUUCUAUGAGCUAACGCUAUACUGUAUUUUUCACUUUUGCGAAAAUGAAAGAAUGGAAAUUAUCUUUGAUUUAGCGAGCCUUGAACGGCACAUAAUUGCAAAUCCAUACAUUAAUACGACAUCUAAAAUGGCGGUUAUCAUGUAUUUUUUAUGUUUGAAUGCCAAAUCUACUUUAAAAGUCAUACUGAAAAUGAUAAUCAAACAUUCUGAUUAUUCGUUUAUGGACGUAAAUUAUAGUAAUUUGUCGAAGCUACAUUAUAUGUUAAGGAUACGUUUGCCGAGCAAUUAUGACACGAUAAUGGAGUCCUUGUACGAAGAAUUUCAUAAUAAAGAAAAAGAGUCAAAAGUAUUCUACCAAAAAUGGAGCGCUACGCGUAAAGAAAAAAAAGAGCCUAACAGGGAGAAGCCAAAUACCGUUGCUUUAGUAAUAAAAGUAUUACAGGAGAUUUGCUUGGAAAAGCCCGCGUGGGCCAUAAACAAGUUUGCUCAUUUACUGAUGAGCUUGAAGGAAGAUUGCUUUUUCAUGGUAGAAACGGUGAAAGAGAUACUCACUCCAUUGCUCUUGUUAAGUGCAAAUUCUGAAGUUUAUCUCAAAGCCACUCUCGUCGAACUGGAUAAGCUCAUUGGCAAAUAUGACUUUAAUCAAACACCUGAUUUGGCUACGAUAUUGGAGGUAAUAGCCGUGCAUCUGUUAAAUAGCAAUGAUAUUCGCAAGGAUACGGUCGAUAUCCUGAUAGCCGUGAUCUUCAAGCUGCAGAGAUGCUUCACCGAUUUCGAUAAAAGCAGCGAGCAUGUAUAUUCGAAUUAUUACAUGAUUAUGCUUGGCUUAAGCAAUGGUAAUGCCGAUGCGUUGAAUUUGCUCGAUAUAAUUGGCAUAUUUGCGAGCCUCUAUCGAAGCAAAAUUUCUAUCGCCAAGGAAAAUGACGUGGCCCUGGAUAAAGAGCACUUGCUGAGAUAUUUGCUUCUGAAGUGCACAAAGCAGCGAUACAGGAAGUACACGAACGAAAUAAUUGCGUCCUGUGGCCAAUUCCUUCAAUGGCCAAGCACAACGGAUAUCUUCAACAAUAUUAUUCGCUUAACGUUUGAGACGUGUCUACUGUGCCUUGAAUUUCCUCAUAUCGGCUGCUUGAGCAAUAUAAGCUUCCUGAUUAAUUGCUUGAUUGCAUUUUUGGCGAGACGGCUGAGGAAGCGCGAGGUUGACACGCGAGCGAUCUACAAAAGCCUAAAUAGUCAUAUAAGAAUUUUUGAAGCCAGCGUCAAGUGCACAGCGAUUGCGAAUGAUUACGCGGAGCUUUUAGAUGAUUGGAGGAGUCCAGUGAAGGAGUGCAGCGAUUAUUUAAUAAGCUUAAAGCUAUUUAGUCGCAAUUGUGAAAGAAAGGAUAAGGAAAUGAAUAGUUUUGGUGGCCAACACUCUCCGAUAGCCAUUAAAUUUUUGCUUGGAUAUAAUAUUGUGAAUUGGAUUAUACACGAUAAUGAAAGUAUGGAGAUUGAAAACUUUAUUAAGCAACUCGAUGUUUAUCUAUCGAAAUAAUUGUAAAU